AUGCAAAAGGUUUGUGGAGAGAAAGAAACCCAAUCUAGAGCAGAUCGGAUAGAGCGAUGGAGGGGUUUGUUUAUUCUCAAGGAUUGGUAUGGCUUCAAAGUGGAUCAUGAAAAAGCUCAAGAAUCUUCAGAAGGAUCCUCCCACUUCUUGCAAUGUCGCACCCCCACCCCGGAUCACACAGGUG